CGCGCGGACGCUGCGUGGUGGGCGUGGCUCGCGUCCCGCGGGGCCGCUCGGUGCCGCCUGCGAGACGCGCGGAGCCGCUGCUGCCGCCGCCGCCGCCGGGGCCUCGCCGGGAGGAGGGGCCGGAGCGGGAGGCCGAGUCCGGUCCAUGGACCGGCCGGACCCGAGGCGGAGCCCGUGGAAGGAGCCGCUCGGCCCCGGCGCGGCCGCGAGGGGCGAGAGGCGGCGCGGCGCGGCUGAGCGCGGCUGAGCGCCUGUGUCCGCCGGCGCGGCGCGGCCGGGCGCCGCCGCGGCACCAUGUCGGCCAAGGUGCGGCUGAAGCGGCUGGAGCAGCUGGUGCUGGACGGGCCGCAGCGGCACGACGGCGCGCUCAGCGUGGAGACCCUGCUCGACCUGCUGGUCGGCGUCUACGCCGAGUGCAGCCGCGACUCGCCGCUCCGCCGCGACCGCUACGUCUCCGACUUCCUCGAGUGGGCAAGACCAUUUACAAAACUGGUAAAGGAAAUGCAACUUCAUCGAGAUGAUUUUGAAAUUAUAAAAGUGAUUGGAAGAGGUGCAUUUGGUGAGGUUGCGGUUGUUAAAAUGAAGUGUACAGAACGCAUUUAUGCAAUGAAAAUUCUAAACAAGUGGGAAAUGCUCAAAAGGGCAGAGACAGCUUGUUUCCGAGAAGAGAGAAAUGUUUUGGUGAACGGAGAUUGUCAGUGGAUUACUACGUUGCACUAUGCCUUCCAAGAUGAGAACUAUUUGUACCUAGUGAUGGACUAUUAUGUUGGUGGUGACUUGCUGACGCUUCUCAGUAAGUUUGAAGACAAGCUUCCUGAAGAUAUGGCUAGGUUCUACAUUGGUGAGAUGGUGCUUGCUAUACAUUCCAUACAUGAGCUGCAUUACGUGCACAGGGACAUAAAGCCUGAUAAUGUUCUUUUGGACAUGAACGGCCACAUACGACUGGCAGACUUUGGAUCCUGUCUGAAAAUGAGUGAAGAUGGCACAGUACAGUCAUCAGUAGCAGUGGGUACUCCUGACUACAUCUCUCCUGAGAUACUGCAAGCAAUGGAAGAUGGAAUGGGCAAAUAUGGGCCUGAAUGUGACUGGUGGUCACUGGGUGUCUGCAUGUAUGAAAUGCUUUAUGGUGAAACACCCUUUUAUGCAGAGUCAUUAGUGGAAACCUAUGGGAAGAUUAUGAAUCAUGAAGAGCGAUUUCAGUUUCCAUCCCAUGUUACAGAUGUAUCUGAAGAAGCAAAAGAUCUUAUUCAGCGACUUAUCUGCAGUAGGGAACGUAGACUGGGACAGAAUGGAAUAGAGGAUUUUAAGUCUCAUGCAUUUUUUGAAGGACUUAAUUGGGAUAACAUCCGAAACCUAGAAGCACCUUAUAUUCCAGAUGUUAGCAGUCCUUCUGACACAUCAAACUUUGAUGUAGAUGAUGAUGUAUUAAGAAAUCCAGAAGUGGUGCCACCAAGUUCUCAUACAGGCUUUUCUGGAUUGCAUUUACCAUUCGUUGGGUUUACAUACACAACUGAUAGUUCUUUAUCUGAUAGAGGCUCUUUAAAGAGUGCAAUGCAGUCUGACACUGUAACCAAAGAUACGGAUGCACAGCGUGACUUAAAGAACAGUUCACAAAUAGAAGGUUAUGAAAAGAAAAUACGGAAAUUGGAGCAAGAAAAGCAGGAUUUGAACAGAAAACUGCAAGAAUCUACACAGACAAUGCAGAACCUACAAGGUCCAGUGUGUGUUACAGUAAAUACAAACCGUGAUAAGGAAAUAAAAAAAUUAAAUGAAGAAAUUGAGCGGUUGAAGAACAAAUUAACAGAUAUAAGUAAACUGGAAGGACAGCUUGCAGAUGCAGUGGCUUUUCGACAAGAACAUGAAGACUCUAUACACAAAUUAAAAGGACUGGAAAAACAGUGCAGGGUACUGCGGCAAGAGAAGGAGGACCUUCAUAAGCAACUUGUAGAAGCCUCAGAGAGACUAAAGAUGCAAUCCAAAGAAUUGAGGGAUGCUCAUCAACAAAGAAAGCUAGCUGUGCAGGAGUUCUCCGAGCUCAGUGAGAGGAUGGGAGACCUGCGCUCUCAAAAGCAGAAGCUCUCCCGGCAACUUCGAGACAAAGAGGAGGAAGUAGAAAUGAGCAUGCAGAAAAUUGAUGCCAUGCGACAGGACAUCCGUAAAUCGGAGAAGAUCAGAAAAGAGUUGGAAGCCCAGCUGGAAGAAGUUGCAGCAGAAGCAUCAAAAGAACGCAAGCUUCGUGAGCACAGUGAGGUCUUCUCCAAACAGCUGGAAAAUGAACUAGAAGCUCUAAAGGUGAAGCAGGGAGGCCGGGCAGCAGGUGUCACACUAGAACAUCAGCAGGAGCUUUCCAAAAUGAAGUCUGAGCUGGAGAAGAAAAUCUUAUUUUACGAAGAGGAGUUGGUCCGACGAGAAGCAUCACAUGUCUUGGAAGUAAAAAAUGUGAAAAAAGAAGUAUACGAUUCAGAGAGCCAUCAACUCGCACUGCAGAAAGAGAUCAUGAUAUUAAAGGAUAAACUAGAGAAAGCAAAACGAGAGAGGCACAGUGAGAUGGAGGAAGCAGUAGGAACAAUGAAGGAGAAAUACGAGCGUGAAAGAUCUAUGCUCUUAGAAGAUAACAAAAAGCUAACAACAGAAAAUGAGAGGCUUUGCUCCUUUGUGGAUAAAUUAACAGCACAGAACAGGCAGCUAGAAGAUGAGCUCCAAGACCUAGCAGCAAAGAAGGAGUCUGUUGCUCACUGGGAAGCUCAGAUUGCAGAAAUUAUUCAAUGGGUAAGUGAUGAGAAGGAUGCUCGUGGCUAUCUCCAAGCAUUAGCUUCCAAGAUGACAGAAGAACUAGAAUCAUUAAGAAGUUCCAGUCUGGGGUCAAGAACACUGGAUCCGCUUUGGAAAGUACGACGCAGUCAGAAGUUGGAUAUGUCAGCUAGGCUGGAAUUACAAUCUGCCCUCGAUGCAGAAAUUCGUGCCAAACAACUAGUUCAAGAAGAGCUUCGAAAAGUUAAAGAUGCAAACAUAUCUUUUGAAAGUAAAUUAAAGGAAUCAGAAGCAAAAAACAGGGAACUAUUGGAAGAAAUGGAAGGUUUGAAGAAAAAGUUGGAGGAAAAGUACAGAACUGAUACAGGUCUCAAACUUCCAGACUUUCAAGAUUCCAUCUUUGAAUAUUUCAACACCUCUCCUCUUGCACGUGAUCUGACUUUCAGAGAUUCUGUUUCUUCUUCGUCUACAUCUUCUCUGCUAGCCUUUUGGGAAGAAACCAGUUCUAUUAGUGAGCAGGAAACACAGGGUCCCAAAUCAGAAGUUUCACCAUCUACUUCAGUUAUAACUGCAGAGCAACAACAAGAAGAACCAAUUCGGCUUCAGAGGAUGCCUGCUGCUCCUUCCCCCACCAUUCAGUCCAUUUCUCUAGCUGUACCAAAGCCUAAAGCUCACCAGCUCAACAUCAAGUCAUUUACAAGCCCUACUCAGUGUAGUCAUUGCACUUCUCUUAUGGUGGGAUUAGUUCGACAAGGUUAUGCCUGUGAUGUGUGUUCAUUUGCAUGCCAUGUUUCCUGCAAGGAUAAUGCACCUCAAGUCUGUCCUAUACCCCCUGAGCAAGCCAAAAGGCCUCUUGGAAUAGAUGUGCAAAGAGGAAUAGGAACUGCCUAUAAAGGUUACGUCAAGGUUCCAAAGCCUACAGGAGUUAAGAAAGGGUGGCAGAGAGCUUAUGCAGUUGUUUGUGACUGUAAACUCUUCUUAUAUGAUGUGCCGGAAGGAAAAUCUACCCAACCUGGUGUUGUUGCAAGUCAGGUCUUGGAUCUCAGAGAUGAAGAUUUCUGUGUGAGCUCUGUCCUGGCAUCAGAUGUAAUACAUGCAACUCGUAAAGAUGUCCCGUGUAUAUUCAGGGUGACAGCUUCUCUCUUAGGUUUGCCUUCAAAGUCUUGUUCUCUGCUGAUCCUGACGGAAAAUGAGAAUGAGAAGAGAAAGUGGGUUGGAAUUCUAGAAGGGCUCCAGUCUAUCCUGCACAAAAACAGCCUGAGAAACCAGGUUGUGCAUACUCCACAGGAAGCCUAUGACAGUACACUGCCUCUUAUUAAAGCAAGUUUAGCUGCUGCUAUUGUAGAUCGAGAUAGAAUAGCAAUUGGUUCAGAAGAAGGACUGUAUGUGAUAGAGGUGACCCGUGACGUGAUAGUCCGAGCUGCAGACUGUAAGAAGGUAUACCAGAUCGAGCUUGCUCCCAAAGAGAAAAUUAUCAUCCUCAUCUGUGGUCGGAACCACCAUGUUCACCUCUUCCCCUGGGCCUCUCUGGAUGGAUCAGAAGGAAGCUUUGACAUGAAGCUUGCAGAAACUAAAGGCUGCCAACUCAUCACAACUGGAACGCUGAAGAAAAGUUCUUCAACUUGUUUGUUUGUGGCUGCCAAGCGACAGGUUUUUUGCUACGAAAUUCACAGAACUAAACCUUUCCACAAAAAAUUCAAUGAAAUUCAGGCUCCAGGGACUGUACAGUGGAUGACAGUGUUCAAGGACAAGCUCUGUGUUGGCUACCAGUCUGGGUUCUCUCUGUUGAACAUCCAGGGAGAUGGACAAUCUAUAAACCUGGUAAAUCCUAAUGACCCCUCGCUUAUGUUCCUCUCACAACAGUCUUUUGAUGCCCUUUGUGCUGUGGAGCUCAGUAAUGAGGAAUACCUGCUUUGCUUCAGCCAUAUGGGAAUAUACGUCGAUUCACAAGGUCGAAGGUCACGCAUGCAGGAACUAAUGUGGCCUGCAACUCCUGUUGCCUGUAGUUGUAAUUCUUCAUAUGUAACAGUGUACAGCGAGUAUGGUGUUGAUGUGUUUGAUGUUAACACUAUGGAAUGGGUCCAGACUAUUGGCCUGCGAAGGAUCAGACCAUUAAACAUGGACGGAACACUAAAUCUCCUUAACUGUGAGCCAGCAAGACUAAUAUAUUUCAAGAACAAGUUUGCAGGAGCUGUCCUCAGUGUACCGGAAACAUCUGACAACAGCAAAAAGCAAAUGCUUCGAACUAGGAGCAAAAGAAGAUUUGUAUUUAAGGUUCCUGAGGAAGAGCGGUUACAACAAAGGCGGGAAAUGCUUAGAGACCCUGAGCUAAGGUCAAAGAUGAUUUCUAACCCAACAAAUUUCAACCAUGUGGCUCAUAUGGGACCAGGAGAUGGAAUGCAGGUUCUCAUGGACCUCCCACUGAGCGUUUUACCUGCUGCCCAGGAUGAAAAACCAUGUCCCUCUACAGCUAACCUCUCACGGCAGCAGCAGCAGCAGCAGAGAAACAAAACGUAUAUUUCCUGGCCAUCAUCAAGUGGCAGUGAUGUGGGAGGAGCCAUUCCUUCCCGAAGUAUGUCUGAUCCUGACCAGGAGUUUGACAAAGAGCCUGAUUCAGACUCCACCAAACACUCUACUCCAUCCAACAGCUCAAAUCCAAGUGGUCCCCCAAGUCCCAACUCUCCUCAUAGGAAUCAGCUUACACUAGAUGGACUGGACCAGUCAACCUGUGACGCGUAACACUACAGCUCUCACCAUUCUGGCUUCGAUCAUCCACUACUCCAUGGAGUAUUCAAGAGCAGGGCAAAGCUGUCUCAGAUGCUAGUGCCAAGACUGACACUGAAUUGCUAGUGUUGUACAAGAAUAAUUAUAUAUCCAGAUUGUAGAUACAAACUAUUGAAAUGAAGAAAAUUCUUUACUAAAUAGUGAUCAAGCUUUUUAUGCAGAAUUGUUCACUGCUCAGUUAUGGUUGAUUCCUCUCUGCACAGCUGUGACACAGUUUUAUUGCAUAGGAGCAUUUAAGGCCACCAGUAAAUAGUCUUAUUCUUAUGCUGAAAAAGAAAUAGAGAUACUGAUAAUGUUGCUACAAUAUCAGGAAUAUUAUUUUUCUAUAGAAUGAUGUAAUGUCUCAUUAGCAGGAAAUCCUUUUAGACACAAUUUAGACCUCUGAAUAGGAACUGCAAGCAGGUCUAGUUACAUCCUCAGAUAAAUAUACUUUUCCCUUUUUCCCAUAACUGUUUAUUUCCUAACCCUUAAGGAGAAUGCUAGGAAGCGUAGGUUAUUCCCAAUAUCAACAGAAUCACCAGGAAGUGAAAUGAAACUUGGUUAUAGUUUUGUGGCCUUUUAAUUCAUUUAGCCAUUACAUACUCAGCUGCAUAACUGUCUUUCUAUCUUUCUACCAACUUUAGUCUUGUACAUAGGACUACUACCAGUUAUCUUUUACCCAUACCCUGCUUUUUAGUCCUCAUCAGUCACAAUCAUUAGUCAGGGCUUUUAAAAUACUGAUAAUUACUGCUGUGAAAACAAUUUUACUCAUAGUUCCUGCUAUCCCCUUCUGAGAAACUUUCUCCUGGGUUUUUUGGUGUAAAGACACACUACAUUGUUUAGCUAGCAAACCUUCUUGUGGACACAUUGCCCUUGAAGUCUGCUUGAUCUAAGGGACUGUAUCACUAAAACAUCAGUCUUAUUUUAUUGGUUACCAAAGUGGAAUGUGAAGGAUGUGUAACUGAGGGUGCUGCUUUUUUCAUUAAUUGUAUCCUCACCUGCAUGAAGACCCCAUGAUUAUUAAUCAAGUAUUGAUCAUGUAGAAAAAUGCACAACACACUCCUGUAUAUUUUGCUAUGGCCCACGUGCAGUGGUGAUGUUUUGCGUGUAUAUUUAAUCUCAUGCUUCCAUGUAUUAUACAUUUAGCAAUCAAAGAUUUGUGACCAUGUUUCAUUAAAAGCUUGUAAUUAAUUCAGUGGCUGGCAUAUCCAGUUUGUCAUUGUCACACUAGUGUGCCUUCUGUGCCAAUUUUAUGACAGUUGGAUGUCACUUAUUUAAAAUUUGGUUUAAAUGGGCUAAUGAUAUACCAAUGGCUAAUGUUCUUUUCUGAAACACUGUAUAGGACGUGCACUUAUCUUUAGUUUAAACUGAGUGUUCUAGUCAACAUUUAAUCCUGUUACGUUAAGUGUUCGACAGUACUUGCUCUUUUUCUCAGAUUAUUGAUAAAGGGGCUCAGUUAGAGCUGGACACUACUGCUUUGGGGGUUUUCUGGUUUUUACUUUUUUAAUGUAAGUCUAAGUCUUUGUAAUUAUUGAAUUGUGAGAACAUUUUUGAACAAUUUACCUGUCAAUAAAGCAGAAGAGGGAGGUUUUAAAGUU